UAUAUAAAUGAUCAUAUGACCAUUGAUGAUUGACUACAUGGUUGUGUUUUAUACUUAAUACUUUAUAGCGCCUCGUUAUGAUUGUAUAUAAAUUCUACAUGAUCUACAGUGCGGAGUUUAUAAUCAUGUGACAUUUUGCGCAUAACAUGGAAUGUUACGUUGGUGGUUAUCCACAGGAGCGUUUUCGGGAUCCAGUAGACAAGAAUUUCUUCUGUCCAAUUUGUACAGAUGUUCUGAGAGACCCAGUACAAUGUCACAACCAACACUACUUCUGCAAGGCCUGCAUUAGACAACAUCUAAAGAAUGCCAGGACCUGUCCUAUAUGUGUUGAGCAACUGACGGAGGAGAGUCUUAUUGUACCACCGAGAAUUGUUAGUGAUUAUUUAAAUAGCUUGAUAAUCAAUUGUGAUCAUACUGAGAGAGGCUGCCAGAACGUAAUGGAACUCGAAAAUCUUAGCAAUCACACCCUAGUCUGCAACUUUCGACCAGCAACUUGCCCUGAUAGAAGGUGUGGGAUGACAGUGAACAUGGAAGAUCUAGAACAACACAAGAAAGAACGCUGCAUAUAUAGACUGGUAUACUGUGAGGAAUGUGAUAAGGAAAUGUCUGCAAAGAAGCAUGGAAAACAUACAUGUAUAUUGAGUAAUGAAAUAAAAGAAAUGAAAGCAAUGCUGUCAGAAAUGAAAGAUGAGGUUACUAAACUAAACAGCAAGUUAAAUGAAUUAAUGAUGGCAACUCACAAAGGAGAUAAAGGAGGAAAAUCUUCCUCACAAACACAAUCAAUUCCUUUGAACAGUGUGGAAAUUUUCAAUAGCAUUUUGGUUUUAGGUGGGAAUAACAAGAUGUCUUUAAAUUCUGUUGAAAUGUACUCUAAUAGCUGUGCAACCUGGGUGAACCUUCAGCCAACAAUAAAAUGCAGAGUUUCUUCGACUGCUCAUUUUUUUAAAGGCAAAAUUUUAGUCACAGGUGGGCAUUGUGAUGGAACAGCUAUGGGAAGCUUAGAGUACAUGGAUCUUAGCCAAGGCCAAUGGUUCCCUUUUCCACAUGAACUUCCAGUCAAAUGCCAUGGACAUAAAUCGUUCAUUCUCAAUGAUCAUCUGUGGGUUAUAGGAGGAAUGCUAGAUCGGCAACCUUGUUCAAAUACAGUUUAUGUGAUGAUGCUAACUCGACCAUACACCUCGAAGCUUAUGUGCGAGUUACAGCAACCACUUGCUUACCAUGGGAUAGAAGUCUUUGAUGUUGACAUUGUAAUCCUUGGUGGUUCAACAUCUGGGUAUCAUAAUGAUGCAGUUGAUGAUGUUUCUCUAUACAGCACAACAAAGAACAAAAUCCAAAGAGUUCAAGCCUUACCCUUUCCCAUCAUGGAUAUGGCAACUGUAAAACAUGGAGAUGAUAUUGUGAUCAUUGGAGGUAGAAAUCAAAGGAAUGAAAUUUUAAAUUCAGUUUUCAAGUACAACUACAAGAAAUGCACAUGUGAAUGGCUGCCUAACAUGAAGAGCAGAAGGGCAGAAUGUGCAGCAGCUAUCUUUGAGAAUAAGAUUUAUGUUAUGGGCGGUUUCAAUUUCGAGAAUGGAUAUCUUAAUUCAGUGGAAUGUUUGGAUCUUGAAAACCAAAUUUGGGAAGACAUGCCACCAUUAGGUGAACCAAAAAAUAAAAUCACUGCUGUGUAUGUGCCCCUAAAUUGUCUGUAAUUCUCAGGAUAGAUCAGAUGAUGUGACUAUUGAAUGGACAAUGCAUAGGGAUAAUGAGUUAUUAUGUGCAUGAUUUAUAAUGUUUAGAGAUCACCCUGACAUAUAAUUCUGAAGUAGAAUAAAAACAAUGGUGAAUAAAAACAGAAAUAUAGCUCAUAGCUAUACUAGUGCAAUAGCAAUUAAUGCACCCAUAGGCAUCAGGUCUUGAGUGAUAAGAUGGGGGGUGUCCCAGUUUUUGAGGUGGGACUGUGGGAGGGACAAAUAUAUAAUUAU